AUGUCCUCAAAAGCUUACAUCGCCUUCUACGUGCUCUCACUAUCUAUAGGCGUUAUUCUCAGCAAUAUUUUAAAAUUGAAAAUUAGUAAGGAAUGGAAAAGAUCGCUUGGAUAUCAUGAAGACACAUUGUUAAAUUUCACCGAAAUAAGUGCACGCUAUGGAUAUAGGUCGGAGGAACAUACCGUAGUCACCGAGGAUGGGUACGUCUUGACGAUGUUCAGGAUCAAUGGAAGAAAGUGUACGAAGUUAAAAAGACCGCCGGUUCUUUUAAUGCACGGUCUCCUCCAAUGCUCUGACGGUUUUCUCGACGCUGGACCCGAUGCUGGAUUGGCGUAUCUAAUAUCAGAUGCAUGUUACGACUUGUGGGUUGGAAACCAACGCGGUAAUUUCUAUUCUAGGCGACAUUUGCGAUUGGAUCCCGAUAGAGAUCCCGAAUUUUGGAAUUUCUCAAUAGACCAAAUUGGAGUUUAUGAUAUACCAGCUACGAUUGAUUAUGUAUUGAAAUACACGCGGGAAGCGAAGUUGAAUUUCAUCGGAUAUUCACAAGGGGGUACUACGUACCUUAUUAUGUGCUCAGAGAGACCGGGCUAUUGUGACAAAGCAAACGUUUUUAUUGGCUUAGCACCAGCAACACUUGGGUCUCGCAUUUCAUUGGCGCUACAAGUGGCAUUUAAUGUAGCCCGACUGUUCGAAGAGCUACUUAAUGCAAUCAAUAUUUACGAAGUUUCCCCAAAAGGUUCCUUAGUGGAAGAAUUUCUUGUGUUCUUUUGCCGUUACAGAUUGCCUGCAAAAUUUAUUUGUGGCAAUAUUCUGGCAAUUUUAGAUUCUCCUCAUCCAGGGUCUAUAAAAGAAGAAACAAUACGGAAGCUAUACGCACAUUUUCCUGCUGGUGCUUCCCUUCGCACGCUUGCGCAUUACGGUCAAAUAUUAGUGACAGAUAAUUUCCAGAAGUAUGAUUAUGGUAAAAGAGGCAAUUUAAAAGUUUAUCAAGCGGUACAACCACCAAUCUAUAACCUCAGUGCUGUGACAGUUCCAUUUGUGGGGUUUUAUAGUAAGAAUGACGGCAUGGUUCCCAAGGAAAGUGUUCUGUGGUUAAUUGAACAAUUACCGAACGUUCUGGAAGCUUUCGAAGUUCCAGAUCCACUGUGGAAUCACCUCGACAUAGUUUACAGUCAGUUCACAAAAAAAAUGAUCUUUCCGAAGAUAAUUGAAUAUUUAGAAAAGUUUAGUAUAAGUUAG